CAUCGAUAUAUAUAUAUAGUCGAGAGUAGGUAGCCACCGACUACUGAACAUAAGUCAUUGAUUGCAGGACAUGUUUCUGUUUCUGCACCCUGGUAGGUAGAUCGAAAAACAGAUAAGUUCCAGUCUUCAUAUAAAAUAUUCACGAGGAUCAAACAUCUCAAGAACUUUGAGUGUAGCUUGAAGAACCUAGAAACCUAGAUCGCACAGCAAUUCUUUCUAAGACAAGCGACUAGUAUUUAGCAGUCAUCCAGUGUACUCGAUUUUAUUUGCGAUUACGUUGCUGGGGAGGAUAAACAUACACCACAGACAUAAAUAGGAGGCAGCCGACACAUACAGCAGCCACAGCAAAACACAGUCCAUGUGGAUAGUUUUGUUACAGUGGUAAGUCCUGGCUUUCACUGUUGUUUUUUCAGAACUCAAGCAGAUAGUUGGCUGGGUUAGACACAGUGGAAAUGAUUGUUACAGAAAUUUGGUGAACCCUCUAGGCAUUUUGAAAGAAAAAAGCAGAUAGCUAAUACAUUAUCAGUGUGAUAACCACUAAUCAAUGGAUCGGAACUCGUUGUUGGUCUUUUUGUUGUGUUUCAUUGAGAAUCUUAAAACAUUUUACAUAAGGGAUUAAAAGAACAGCUUAAGGAAAGUAGACAUCAGUUCCCAUUUCUUGAGCUUUCCUCAGUUUCUGCGCAAAAGCGUUGUCCUGGAACAGGAGGACAAAAAAAGGUCAGCAACAGAGAAUCUUUCUUACAAGAAGACAGCAGCACACAUCUGACGCCAGCCAUCACAUCAGGUGACACCGUCUACAUCUUACUCCAGCAAUGGGAUUCUUAUGUCUUGGGUGGGAUAGCAGUUGUCUAGCCUGCCUCCUGCUGCUGACCACGGUCUGUACGUGUGAGGGGGGAGGCAUGGAGGUGAGGACAUGGAGGAGGUUCUCUGCAGACAGCCAGGUGUACACCAUACAGACGUACUCCAGGCUGGUCACAGUGGCGUCUCGCAUCACGUGUGCUGACCUUUGCUCUCAGACCAGCGAAUGCCACGUCUUCUACUUCCGGUCGGACACUGGACUCUGCUUUUUGUCACCGACAUUUGAAAAGCGCGAGUUAGUGGCAUCUACACCAUUGACCCACGUCUACUCUGAUGGAGUCAUAUGUCCAUACAGUACCUACGAAAUGUUGGACAUGAUUUCGUGCGUGAAGCUGUACACAUCAGCAGAGGACAUCACUGUUGCCCGACAGGCCUGUGAGGCAGAUGGCGCUAAAAUUGUGACAUUGAAGACUGUGGACAAGUCGUCGUUGCUCUACACUUUUGUCGAGGACAGAGCAGGUGGACCUUUAGACAUAUGGCUGGAUGCGAGUGAUGCCGUUGAGGAAAACCACUGGGUCUGGGCUGAUGGAGGCACCCUUGACCUGACAGAUCCAAUGUGGGAUUCUACCGACCAAAAUGGUGGAAUCAGCGAAAACUGCUUGAUUGCCUAUUAUUUCCCAGGAAUCUACAACUACAGUGAUGUUCCCUGCGACUAUCGUUUACCGUAUGUGUGCGAAAUUUCUUUUAAGUAAGACUAACAAUAAGAUAUUCAGUCUCAUUUCAUUAUCUCGCAAACCCUGCCUCUCGCCACCCUGUGACAGAGAGGAUUUCCCUCAAUGUUACCCUCUACUUAUGGAUGAUAAAUUCUCUUUAUGUCGUCCCCGAUAAUAAUACAUGAAAAUAAGAUUCAAUGACAGGAUGUUACACUGUGAAAGGUAUUCAAAAUACGUUUAUAGUUACAUUCGUCCUUUUUUCUUCGUUUCUUCUUAUUCUUGUCCUCCUCUUCCACCAUCACAUAACCUCCAUUCAUCCUUUUCUUCGAUGCCAGCGUCUUAGUUAUCUUUAACUUUAUUUUUCGCCCUCAUAGGUCUAGAUUAGCUUAAGAUAUUUCUCACGAAUUAAUGUUACACAGAUUCCCUAGGAACAGCUCUUCCGUAUGAAAAAAAUAAUAUUGGAUCUGGUAGUUCAGUUGCAUAACUGUUGCCUCCUACAUCAUCAAGAUGGCUUUCGGUUAGUAAUUAUUUCUUUUGAGUGAUUGUUUUCCUUAUUUUCCUAUUUUAUUUAGUAUGUCUCUUAAAGUAUGCGGUAUAUGUCUUAUAUUAUUGUAUAGGUCUCAUACAUUGGAUGUAUUUGUGCUUUAUGUUUAUGUUUAAAGGUUUACAGAAAAUUUUUUUUGAAUUUGUGCUAUGUGAAAAAUCUCUGAUACAAUUCUUCAUUGUUCAAAAGGUUUUUCACAUAUUUUAACGCUUCUUUUCUUUAUUAAAUUCAAUAUUUUAAUUUAAAAAUACAUUGUAAUCAAUGAGCAUGGUUAGCACACUCUCUUAGCAUGCUUCUUGUUUUACCUAUUUACAGCAAUAAUAAAGAAAGACCCAACAAAUUUAUUCCUUUAUUCUUCUUCGCGGCAGAGAAUGAAGUCACGAUUCAGCCACAGCUGGAGGCAAGAAAUGGUUUCCUUUACCAAAUACUGA